UAGAUUUAAAACAAAUGCCCAUAGCCUAUCCCUGGCAGAACCUCAGAGGGGAGAUUAUAUUAUAUGGAUAUAUGGACUCACUUUCAGGCUGUUGUUCAAGAGUUGUAAUUUUUAGCCAGAAACUAGAUCUAGAUCUAGAUGUAGAUCUAUAAUUUCCGCGUUUCUAUACAAUAUCUCAACAACUCAGCAUGAAACCACCUUCAAAUAUAACUCCAAGGUUGUCAAAGCAGUACGUGAUUCUUUCAUUCUGAAAUGGCAGAUGUGAUGCCAGAAGUUGCUUCUAGUCAUCUGGGCGAUGAUGUCCUGUCAAACUCUGCAACAGGUACUGGGACCACAGUCGAAGUAAAUGGAGAUAACCAAAAUGAUCUGCAAUGCAUUAGUUUGGUUGCACCUCCUGAAGAAUCAACUUGUAAGGAUACAGAACAAGCAAGUCAUGAUCUUAUAACUGUUCAAAAUGAUGAUCUACAAUGCAUUAGUUUGAUUGUACCCCUUGAAAAGUCAAGUUGUAAGAAUGCUGAGCAAGCAAGUCAAGAUCGUAUAACUGGUCAAAAUGAUGAUCCUCAAUGCAUUAGUUUGAUUGAAACUCCUGAAGAAUCGAGUUGUAAGGAUACAGGACAAGCAAGUCAAGAUCUUAUAACUGGUCAAAAUGGUGAUCUACAAUGCAUUAGUUUGAUUGUACCCCCUGAAAAAUCAAGUUGCAAUGGUGCAGAGCAAGCAAGUCAAGAUCAUAUAACUGGUCAAAAUGAUGAUACUCAAUGCAUUAGUUUGAUUGAAACUCCUGAAGAAUCGAGUUGUAAAGAUACAGAACAAGCAGGUCAAGAUCUUAUAACUGGUCAAGAUGAUGAAUCAGAGAUUUUUCACUCUGAGGAAAAGUCUCAUGCUUGUGUUGACCUCAUGAAGGGAGAAUUAACAGAGAAGCCGGUUAACAGCACAGAACAGGAGAGGCCAUUGUGUACCAUUGAGGAUGUGUCUACAGCACCAGGUACUAUUACAAAUGUGACCUCUGAAAAAGACCAUGAUAUUUCAUCAGCAUCUAUUCAACCUAGUGCUCAUGAAGAAGAAAGCAAUGUUCUCACUCAGGAUUCUGUUUCUACAGCAGGAGAGAAAGUCGCUGAUUCCACUGAGGAACAUCUUUCUGCUGAGUCCACUGUACUUGUUCCUGAGGUGCCCUCAUGUCUAGUUGAUGGUGAAAAAAAGAGUUUAGCAAAUGCCAGCAACAAAAUUUCUAGUGAGCAACAAAACUCUGUGUCAGAAGCAAUGCAUUCUGAAUUAAAGGGACAGGCUGCGAAAGAACCCGUCACUGUUAUUGCUCAAGAGGAAGACAUGGAAGUCAUCAGCGCAGAGUUAAGUGAAAAGGGAGAAGAUUUGAGUUCGGGCAUUUCACAUACAAAACCAGUGAUCUCAAAGGACUGCGAAAAAGAGAGUGACCCGCCAUGUGAAGAACCGAUGGAAAGCGAAGAGCAGUUUGAAUGUUCAAAUGGAGAAAAGAAAGUAAACGUGUCUGUUGAUGGUAAAACUGUGUCACUACUCCGCACAGAGUUUUUGGCUACUUCUGAUGUGUGUAAAAAGGUUACACAGCUCAACAACGAAGAUAUGCAAGACGAUAGCAAACCAGUUGAUAUGGAUGCUAACACUACUUCAGAGGGAGACAGUUUAUCAGAGCAGAUGUCCUCAGACAUUGUACUUAACAAUUCUAGUGAGAGUAAACAAGGUUUGCCAGAGGAUCCAGUCCAUAUUGAUGUUUCGGGUGACACUAAAGAUGAGUCGAAUGUAUCUGAUACUGAUGUUAAAGAAGAAAUUAGUGAGUCGAAAGUGUCAGUUCCUGAUGAUAUGGAUGUUGAAGCAGAAAAUUUGAAACCUUCGGUUGGGCAUGUAAAUAAUACUCAUAAUCAAACUAUGUCAACAAAGUCUGAGACUUUUGGCGACAGCUGUGUUGAUAAAAAGAAUGACAGUGUGUCUGAAGCUUCAAAUUUUUUGCCUGAGGUACCUGAGGAUAGUUUGUCCAAGAGUGCUACUUCAAAAGCUAGUCCUGAGCUUGAAGUCCCUCCUGAAAAUAAGAAAGAAGAAACAAGCAAUGAUACUGAGAAACAUGAAGACAAACCAUGUGCGAAUGAACUUGAUGAUGAAAUUUUAUUAAUUGGUGAAAGUGAGCCCUCUGCUCCUGAACCUUGUACAAAAAAAUCAUUUAAAACUGUUUUGAAAGCUUCAGACGUAAAACCGGUUGCGCCUGAGCCCCCGGAGAGUAUUAUCAUUGAUGAUGUUGAAAUAUCUGAUGUUCAAAAUAAAUCUUUAUCCAGCAAUGACUCUGGUGGUAGUAGUGGGAAAUGUGACACAGAAUUAGAAGAAAAAUCUGGUGAAGCAGGAGUGGAGCAUUCCACCAAGACUGAAGACAAAGAGCUGCAAGCACCAUUUGAAAAUGGCAAAAAACGUCCUGCUGAAGAAUGUAAUGGCUCGGAUCUAAAACGUCCAAAAGUGGAUGCAGUCAGUGACAGUAGUUUAAAGGGGAAGACAAAUCAAGUGUCGGAGGACGAUGAAGUUGUUAUGCUUCAAGACAAUGAAAAAACACCUGUAUCUGUCAAUGAGUCAGCUGUUUGUGUUACAUCUGAGAUUUUACAAGGCUUCAUCAGAGGUUGUGUGAGGAGUUUCCUUAAAAAGAAGAAGCAAGAGAACAUAGAACGCUUAAACAAACAGACGAAGAGUAUGCAGUCUGCAAGCACACUGUGGAAAGAGACUGCAAAACAUUUAGAAAAGUCUGUCCUAGAACUUACAACACAGAGUCAGAAACUGGAGAAGAGAAAGUUACAUUCAUCAUCUGUGAAGAAUCUCUCUAACAGAAGCAUUGGUAUCCAGGUUAACGAGGAGAAGAUGAAACAUUUAGGAAGAGCUUCAUCUGAACACUCAACCAGGAAGUCAGUCGACCAAAAGGCAUCUGGUUCUACUCUCUCUUUGCCCCCAUCUGUAUUGCUGAAUCCCCCAUCAUUCACCAAUCAAGUUGCUAAUACUUCUUCAACCACCUCACCCAGCUUAACAAGUAGACAAAAUAGUCAAACUCGUGCUCCUCCACUGCAAAGACCUUCGUAUCAGAAACAAAGAUCUCCGCAUGGCACAUCUAGCUCUUCACCAAUCUCACAACACCACAAGGUAUUAGCUAACAGCUUAUCUCACACCCAAGAUAAUCGGAAGGCAGGACCUCCAGCCAGUGCACCUAAAGGCACCGUGAACCUUAUAGAUCUCACAGAUGAAGAUGAAAGUAGUCGAACCAGUCGACCCUCCUCUAUUCAAAACUCCAGAACUAUCCACGCCUCUGCUUCUAAUCAUUUGAAGUCCACCGUCAACGAGGCAGCAAAUCACAAGUCACUUCCGAUGUCCAUACCAGUGAAUGGAUUUAUUUCCCAACCUGUUUCUCGGCUUCAAGCAGUAGCACCAGACUCUUCUGCUAUCCUCAUGGGUGCAGGCAACCCUCUGAUACCACAGUCCAUGCCACCGUCCAAGACGCAGCUGAUGCCUUCGAAUGUUGGUGCUUUGGGUACUGCUGGCUCUCAGUUUCAGUUAGUGACUGUUCCUAAUUCUCAGGGAAAUAUUCGCCAAGGGACAAUGUUUGCCCUGGUUCCCAGCACUCGGCCCGGGGUGCCAGGACCAGGAGGGGUUCCCUCAAAUUUGACACUACAAUCUUAUCCCAAAUCAUCAGUGCAAGGAAUUCCUGUCAAUCACUUUUCUACCCCACUUCCUCAAGCCCCAGCAAAGUCAACGUCUCAUUCAUUGCCACCGUCUGUUCAUAUCAAUAGUCAGCAUCCAGCACCUCUCCCAAUUCCCCCACCUGUGAAGAAUGUACCAUCGUAUGCCAAAAAGUGUCCCCCAAAGCCUGGGCUCAAGAUUUCACGUGUUUCCCAAGGUAUUGUGCUUUCUUGGAACAUGCCUUCUCUGUCAGAUGUAGAGGUAAUUACAUCGUAUCAGCUGUUUGCAUAUCAAGAAACAGACUCAGCACCUCCAAGCACUCAUCUGUGGAAAAAAGUUGGAGAUGUAAAGGCAUUACCUUUACCCAUGGCCUGCACCUUGACACAGUUUCAAGAAGGCAACAAGUAUCAUUUUGCUGUCAGGGCUGUAGAUCAGUAUGGACGCUCAGGGGUUUACAGUGAUCCAAGUACUAUUUUUCUGGGUCCUAAAUGAUUUAAAGCAGCGUUGAAAUUAUGAAUCUGUUCUGAAUUUUUAGACUGUUGUCAGUAAAAGAGAACCAGUGUCUUCCGUGUCUUCUAUAUAAUUUGUUUAUGCAGCCAACAUUUUAGAAAUAUAAUUGUCAGUUUGUCAUUCCAAUAGUUUUGUCAUAUUUUACUUUCAAAUUAUUACAGGUCUUGAAUACUUCUAAAAGAGUGUUUUUGUUUUGAAAUGCCCCGUUUGUCUUUUUUGCAUUGUUUUAGUACAGUGGAAACCAUAUAUAACAGGCCCGGUAAUAACAGGGAUCCGGUAAUAACAGGGAUUUUUUAAAUCCCCGAUUUUUCCUACUCUUUGUCUCUAUUAAAAGUUAUCGGCAAUAAGAGGGCCCCAUCGGAGCCCAACCGGUUAUAGCAGGGACAAAGGCUCGUUAACGAUGUGUAAAAAGUGAGAGAGAGAGAGAGAGAGAGGGAGUAAUGCAGUGGUGGAGCAAGCCCAUGCAAGCCAUGCCACUGCAAGCACACACAGCGUGUGAAGCGAGAGAGGGCUGCGGUGUGCUGCAGACCUCGAUCUAGCCCGAAACCCAGCAACACACACGCGUAAUGCGUCUACUGUCACCAACCAUGUCAAGCGCAAGAGAAAAUGUCUUUCAAUUGACAAAAAAAUACGAAAUAAUCCAGGCUGUUAA